GAGGAGGAGAAUUCUCUCAUAACAGGAAAUUAGUGUGCGGUUUCAAUGCAGCCUGGAGUGCUCGGGAAAGCGAGAAGGAUUUUUCAAAAGCGUACGGCAGAAUGGCCAGCUAUGUGGAGCAUCCCGCUGCUGGUUACAGGAAGAUCUUUGAGACGGUGGAGGAGCUGAAUGAAGCAAUUCCAGCCAAGGUCACCGGCGUUUUGCCAACAUGGCUGGGCGGCAGUCUUCUCAGGAUGGGACCGGGUCUUUUCGAGGUCGGGGACCAACCGUUCCACCAUCUGUUUGACGGACAGGCUCUCAUGCACAAGUUUGACCUGAAGAACGGUCGGGUGACCUAUUGCAGAAAGUUUUUGAAAACGGAUGCCUACGUCCGUGCCAUGACCGAGAACAGAGUGGUCAUCACGGAGUUUGGCACAGCGGUGUACCCUGACCCCUGCAAAAAUAUCUUCUCCAGAUUUUUCUCCUACUUCCGGGGCAUUGAGGUGACUGACAACUGCGUCGUGAACGUCUAUCCAGUUGGGGAGGAAUUCUACGCCGUCACGGAGACCAAUUACAUCACCAAGGUUGAUCCCGAGUCACUGGACACUUUAAAGAAGGUGGACCUGUGUAAGUACCUGUCGGUUAAUGGGGUAACAGCUCACCCCCACUUUGACGCAGAUGGUACAGUCUACAACAUCGGCAACUGCUUUGGCAAGAACAUGAGUCUCGCUUAUAACAUUGUCAGGAUCCCACCUGCUCAGAAAGACAAGUCGGACCCCCUUGAGAAAUCGCAGGUCAUCGUUCAACUCCCAAGUAGUGAGAGGUUAAAACCCUCCUACAUUCACAGUUUUGGUUUGACCGGCGACUAUUUCGUGUUUGUGGAGCAGCCGGUGAAAAUCAACCUGCUCAAGUUUUUGUCGGCUUGGAGUGUCAGAGGAGCCACAUACAUGGACUGCUUUGAAUCCAAUGAGAGCAUGGGGACGUGGUUUCACCUGGCCACGAGGGACCCGGCGGCAUAGCUGAGCAGCCACAAGUUCCGAACUUCAGCUUUCAACAUUUUCCAUCACAUCAAUGCUUAUGAAGACCAGGGAUUUAUUGUUGUUGACCUCUGUGUGUGGAAAGGACAUGACUUUGUGUAUAACUACCUGUAUCUGGCCAACCUGAGGGGAGAGUGGGAUGAGGUUAAGAAAGCAGCCGCGAGAGCUCCUCAGCCCGAGGUCAGAAGAUACGUGCUGCCGCUGGAUCUGCACACCAUGGCAGCGAAGGGCUUCGCACCUGUUGGUCAUCAUGUCAUUCGCUCUUUUCUGUUAAAAGCACCGUCGCGCCGACCGCUCUUGGAUCGUUGUGUUGCCGUCAUGUUUUUCUUUUUUUUUCUGUUGCCGUCACGUUCGCUCUGUGCGGGCUUUUAGGAGGAGCCAGGAAAGAACCUGAUUUCUCUGCCGUACACGACGGCAACCGCUGCUCUUCGUAGUGACGGAACCGUCUGGUUGGAACCUGAAGUCCUCUUUUCCAAACCAAGACAAGCCUUUGAGUUUCCGCAGAUCAACUACUCUCAAUGCCGUGGCAAGAAGUAUUCCUUCGCGUAUGGUCUUGGACUCAACCAUUUCAUCCCUGACAAGAUUGUCAAGUUAAACGUCCAGACCAAAGAGACGUGGGUGUGGCAGGAGGAUGAGUGUUAUCCGUCAGAGCCGCUAUUUGUACCAACGCCGGGGGCUACGACGGAGGAUGACGGUGUGCUGCUGAGUAUUGUUGUCAAGCCAGGAGCAGAGAAGCCCGGCUUCUUGUUGGUGCUGGAUGCCGCCAAACUGAGCGAGGUGGCCCGGGCAGAGGUGGACAGCAUCUUUCCGGUGACUUUUCAUGGCUUCUACAAGCCGUGAUCCUCGCAUAACGAGGCCAAAUAGUCAACGCGUGUGGCGGAGUCGCGAUAAAAGGACGGUGGUCUUUCUUCAACCAAGUACACGACACGGAUCUUGACGACCUGCGUCGCCUGUUGAUGUGCUUGACUGAAGAGCAAGAAUACGGGCGUGAAGCAACAUGUAUUGCUAAUGCUCAACGGGCAGGCAACUUUUAACCACACUCUAUUGUUUUUUAACAGCUUUGCAAUAUUAAC